CAGCGUCCCCAUGGCCGGGCUGCGGCGGCGGCGGCGGCGCUGAGGCCGAAGCGCGGCUGAGGAAGAGGAAGAGCGAGCGCUGCUCAGACCCAGAGGGCUCUGCGGGCAGCGGGGCGGGCAGAGCGCGGCGGCGGCGGCGGCGGCGGCUCCAUCACCGGCGCGCAGAAAGGGGAAGAGGAGGAGGAGGAGGAGCGGCGAGGAAGGAAGGAAGGCAGGCAGGCAGGAAGAAGCGGAGGGGCCCGCGGGAUGGCCAUGGCCUGACCGGGCCGGGGCAGCGCUGCCCCCCGGCACAGCCCCCCGGCACAGCCCCCCGCCCAUGGCGCGGUAGCGGGCGCGGGGCCCGGGGGCAGCGGCGGCGGUGGCGGCGAGCGAUGCGGGCGCCGGGACCAUGCUGAGGACCGAGGCCGGCGGGGCCGGGGGGGCCCCCUCGGCCGGGGGCGCGGCGGGGGCCGGGGGGCUGCGCAGCGCGUCCCCGCACCGGAACGCCUACGAGGCCAGCAUCCAGGCCCUGGCGCCCACAAAGGAGGCCGACGGCGAGGACGGCAAGAAGAGCCGCGGGAAGAAGUAUGGCUCCAACGUGCAUCGGAUCAAGAACAUGUUCCUGCAGAUGGGGACGGCGCCCGGCCCCGAGGGCGCCUGCGACCUGGCCAAGGCCAAGGAGAAGCCGGUGCGGCUCUCCCUGCCCCGAGCCGGCAGCCUGGGCGAUGGCGUGGACCAGGGCAGCCUCCUCAAGCUGGGCACCAGCGUCUCGGAGCGCGUCAGCCGCUUCGACUCCAAGCCCGACAAACCCUUCUCGAAGCUGCAGGAGACCCGCAAAAUCUUCGAGAGGAGCCCGCAGGAGAAGGCCACCAGCACCAAGCUGCUGCUGCGCAAGGAGCGCGCCGGCUUCCAGGACCGCAAGCUGGACGUGGUGGUGAGGUUCAACGGCAGCACCGAGUCCCUGGACAAGCUGGACGCCGACGCCGUGUCGCCCACCGUGAGCCAGCUCAGCGCCGUCUUCGAGAAGGCCGACCUGAGGAACAACCUGCACAAGGCGCAGGGCCGGGCGGCCGCGCCGCUGGGCGCCAAGGCGGUGGCCAAGCGGCCCAGGGUGUUCACGCCCGGCACGCGGGGCGAUGGCACCGGCGAUGGCAAUGCCACCCCAGCCCGCGCCCGGCCGCCCGAGGAGGAGAAGGCAGCGGCGAAGAGCGGGCGGCCGGCGGAGAAGGAGGCGACCGCGCCAAGGGUGCAGGAGGUGUGCAAGAUCAAGCCCGUGGAGGUGGAGGAGAGCGGAGAGGGCGAGGAGGAGGAGGAGGAGGCAGCGGCGGGUGAAGCGGUGCCCGCGGCCCAGCCGGCCAAAGGGGAUGAAGGCCCAGCAGCCCCACGGCCGGACGGGGGCUCGGGGGUGACCGCGGGCGAGGAGGGCGUCAAGGGCGAGCGGGCGGAGGAGGGCGAUGGCUCCGAGGAGGCCAAGAAGGAGGACUUCUCCGAGGCCGACCUGGUGGACAUAAGUGCCUACAGCGGGCUCGGGGAGGACUCGGGGGGCAGCGGGCUGGAGGAGGAGGACGAGGCCGAAGGGCUGUACGAGCCCGAGUCGGGCUGCGUGGAGAUCCCGGGGCUGUCCGAGGAAGAGGAGCCCGUGCCCAACCGCAAGAUCCAGUUCAGCACGGCCCCCAUCCAGGUGUUCAGCACUUACUCCAACGAGGAUUACGACCGCCGCAAUGAGGACGUGGAUCCCAUGGCGGCCUCGGCCGAGUACGAGCUGGAGAAGAGGGUGGAGAGGCUCGACCUGUUCCCCGUGGAGCUGGAGAAAGACUCGGAGGGGCUCGGCAUCAGCAUCAUCGGGAUGGGCGCGGGGGCCGACAUGGGCCUGGAGAAGUUGGGAAUCUUCGUCAAGACGGUGACGGAAGGAGGAGCAGCACACCGGGAUGGCAGGAUCCAGGUGAACGACCUGAUCGUGGAGGUGGAUGGCACCAGCCUGGUGGGCGUCACGCAGAGCUUCGCUGCCUCCGUGCUCAGGAACACCAAGGGCAGGGUCAGGUUCCUGAUCGGGCGGGAGAAGCCAGGGGAGCAGAGCGAGGUGGCGCAGCUGAUCCAGCAGACGCUGGAGCAGGAGCGGUGGCAGCGCGAGAUGAUGGAGCAGCGCUACACGCAGUACACCGAGGAUGACGAGGAGACCGGGGAGUACGCCACGGACGAGGAGGAGGAGAUGAGCCCCAUGUUCCCCAGCGGGGAGAUGGCCAUCGAGGUGUUUGAGCUGGCCGAGAACGAGGACGCGCUGUCCCCCGUGGAGAUGGACCCCGAGAAGCUGGUGCACAAGUUCAAGGAGCUCCAGAUCAAACACGCCGUGACCGAGGCUGAGAUCCAGCAGCUCAAGAGGAAGCUGCAGUGCCUGGAGCAGGAGAAGGCACGCUGGAGGGCCGAGAAGGCCCAGCUGGAGCAGAGCGUGGAGGAGAACAAGGAGCGCAUGGAGAAGCUGGAGGGUUACUGGAUGGAGGCCCAGAACCUGUGCCAGGCCGUGGACGAGCACCUCAAGGAGACCCAGGCCCAGUACCAGACCCUGGAGCGCAAGUACAGCAAGGCCAAGCGGCUCAUCAAGGAGUACCAGCAGAAGGAGAUCGAGUUCCUGAAGAAGGAGACGGCGCAGCGGCGGGUGCUGGAGGAGUCGGAGCUGGCGCACAAGGAGGAGAUGGAGAAGCUGCAGGAGAAGAUCUCCGAACUGGAGGCCAAGCUGCAGACUUUGAAAAAUUCCAACCCGACCUAAACCACCCUCAAAAACCGCAGCGAUCCUGGGGGGGCCCCCUCACAUCCCCCCCCCACCCCCGGCCCUGCCCCCCAGCCCCAUCCCAGCCCUUCCCCGGGGGGAGGGGGGGGGUGAGACCCCGCCAAGGCCUCCUGGUGCCCCCCACCCCCCUCGGGGGCACGGACGGGGGGUCCGCAGGGGGGGGGGGACACCCCGCGUUCGUGUCUGUGUCCAGUGUGAGUCUCGUGGUGACGUGAUGGACCCGCGGGGGGGGCGCGGCCCCCCCCAGGCCUCCCCCUCCCCUCGACGUGACCCCCCCGCCCCCGGACACAGCUGGCACACCUGGGGGGGGCACACAGGACAAUGCCCCCCCCCCCAAAUCCCCAAAUAAUGUGAGCCAUGCUGGGGGGGACGCUGGGAGCCCCCCCAGACCCAGCUCCUCCUCUUGGGACUCACCGGAGCACGGCCGGGGGGGUCUUUGCUCCGCCCCCCCCCCACCACGGACUCACCCCCAGCCCCACAUCGAGGUGACCCCGGGACCAUCGCCAUGGGGGGGGACCCCGAGUGUCCCCCCCGACCCCUCAGUGCCACCAUCGCCGGGCAGGGGGGACCCCCAAGCCUUUGCCAAGCCCCCAGGGGAUGGGGGGCCCAGCCCCACUGCCCCCCCCGGGAAUGGGGGGCUGCCUGGCGCCCCUCUAUGGGGACACCCCCAGCCCCACCAACGCCCCCCCCCCUCAGCCCGGGGCUUUCGCCUUCCUCGGGCGGGGGGGACACACGGGGGGGGGUCCCCUCUGGGGUGGGGGCGAUGCUCCCCCCCCUCACCUGUAAAUAACCCCCCCCCCCCCAAAAUCACGGCAUUUCUCUGGGGCCAGGACACCCCCCAAGCUCCGGCCGCCCCCAGCCCGGCCGGGGGGGUCCCGCCCUUUGAUUUUCGUUUCUAUUUUGCCCCCCCCGCCCCCGAGUCUCCGACAGUAACUGGAUGUGGGGGCAACUGGGAGCCAGAGCUGGUUAUACUGG